AUGAAAGUGAAAAAGACAAGAAAGCAGAAGCGAAAGUUAUUGCUUACCGAUGAAGCAGAAAGCAGAAAACCGGAAAAAAUGAUAAGAAGUAGGAAGUCCAGUGAAGAGAACGAAUCUGUGGCUAAUUUUGUACCUGAUACUAUGCCUACUAGAGCUACUUAUCGUGAACAGUUGGAGGUUGGCAUCCGAAAUCGUGUAUUUGUCCUCGUACAAGGUCCAAUUGGUUGUGGUAAAACAUCGAUUAUAAAGGAAGUUGCACACAGUAUGAAAUUACCAUGUCGAACUAUACAAAUGGGUGAACAAAUCGAUUCGAAAACUUUGUUCGGAAUAUUUCAUUGCCUUGAUAUACCUGGUGAAUUUUGCUGGAAACAGAGCACCUUCACGAAGUACAUUCUUGAUAAGGGAAUCAUACUUUUGGAAGAUAUCGAUUGUGCUUCGGCUGAUCUAAUAUCACAAAUAAUCAACUUAUGUGAUAGUCGUGAAGUACGAGUAACUUCCGGUGAAACAAUACGAAUGCAUAAUGAAGCUUAUAUUGUUGCUACAAUGAGAUGUAUAAGACAGGAAAGAAGUUUCCGAUCAGCUGAUGUUGAAUUGUUGCUUACUUCUGUACCUUUUGAAAUUUCGCUGCCACCAUUUUCAAAUAGUGAACUUCAUCGUGCUAUUUGUAUUUUAUGCAAAAGGGUUGCACCAAUUGCUCAAAAACUGAUUACAUUAUUUGACGAAUUUAUCAACAACUCGGCUAAUCAAUUGAAUGGAAGAAAAUUAGGAGCGACGGAUUUAUUGAAAGCCUGCACACGUAUCAACGAUUUAAAUGAUUUGUCGGAUUCGAUAGCUAUUUUUCAUGAAUUGGUUGACUGUUGGGCAAUUCAUUGCCGCAGGCAGGAAGAUGUUGUUGCAUGUUCGGAAAUAAUUGCCAACAGUUUGUCCUUGAAUCACGAUCAACUAAUGUAUCAGUUGAACCUCCGGUUACCUGAAAUUUCGGUGACACAAACCAGCAUGAGAUGUGGCCGAGUAAAUCUGCCGAGAAAUCAAAUAAAAGGAGAAAGCAAGGUUACUUGUUUUGGCAUUACACGUAACGUAUGUCAGUUACUGGAGCGGAUAGCAGUUUGUGUAAGCCGAAUGGAGCCAAUAUUGCUUGUUGGUGAAACUGGUGUUGGUAAAACAGCUAUUGUACAAUUACUAGCAGAUCGUAUUGGCACUACUCUUCGAGUUGUUAAUCUCAGUCAACAUUCAGAUUCGUCUGAUUUAAUUGGCGGGUAUAAACCAGUAUCAAUACCCUAUUUGUUAAGACCACUAAAAAAAGAAUUUGAUGAUUUAUUUGCUGCAACGUUUGAUUUGAUAAAAAAUGAAAAGUUUCUGAAUCACUUAGAGAUGUGUUUAUCAAAUGGACGAUACAGUGACUAUGCAAAAUUAAUUGCGGAAACAUCACGUCGUAGAUUAAAAAUGUCAUCCAAACAUAACUCUCUCAAAUCGUGGGCGAAGUUACUUGUUCGAGCAGAACGUUGUGCAGAAUCACUGAAAGCUUCAGCUGUUUCUUUUGCAUAUGUUCGUGGAGCAGUUGCUGAAGCUGCUGAACGAGGUGAGUGGCUUCUGGUUGAUGAAAUUAAUUUGGCUACACCGGAAUGUCUGGAUUCUGUGGUACGCCUUACUGAAGAUUCAGAAAGUCGACAUCCAGAUUUCCGUUUGUUUGCAUGCAUGAAUCCUGCCAGUGAUGUAGGGAAACGAAAUCUACCAGCUGGAAUAAGAAGUCGCUUCACUGAAAUUUUUGUACAUGAAACUACAGAAAUGGACCAACUGCAUAUCAUCGCACAGGCUUAUCUUCCAUCAUUUGAUGCUGCAAAAAUAUCUGUUGUGCUGGAACUUUAUCAGACAUUGCGUAUAUCUUUUCCUGGAAAAUAUAGCUUACGUACUUUAUGUCGUGCUUUGGCAUUCACGGCAGAGAAUGUAUUUGGAAAUGAGAUACGUAACAUGUAUGAAGCGGUAUCUAUGUCCUUCAUGAGUGAUCUGAAUGCAGAAGCUCAAGCAGUGGUUGGCAAACUUAUUCAAAGUAAAAUGAAAAAAAUCUCACUGGGUAAAAUGAACGCGAAAUUUAUCGAUAAUCGCAUUGAAGUUGAAGGAUAUUGGAUCGAAAAAGGAAGUGCUAAACCACAGGAUGAUUCCGGUUAUGUUUGUACAGCUUCAGUUCGAAAAAAUUUAGCCCAUCUUGCUCGAAUCGUUUGUAGUGGCAAAUUUCCGGUAUUGUUGGAAGGUGAAACAUCAUGUGGAAAAACAGCCAUGGUAAUCCAUCUUGCUAAAAUUACUGGAAAUACAAUUAUUCGGAUUAAUAAUCAUGAACAUACCGAUCUUCAAGAAUACAUGGGAUCCUAUGUACCAGAUGGUGAUGGCCGUUUCGUAUUUAUGGAAGGUCCAUUAGUAAAAGCUGCUCGUGAUGGACAUUGGAUAAUUCUUGAUGAACUAAAUCUUGCACCAACCGAUAUCAUUGAAGCUUUCAAUAGGUUGCUAGAUGAUAAUCGUGAAUUGUAUAUUUCUGAAACGAACACAGUCGUAAAGGCUAAUCCCCGAUUUCGUGUAUUUGCAACGCAAAAUCCCGUUUGCACUUAUGCCGGUCGUAAACCUCUCUCACGUGCUUUGCUCAAUCGUUUUAUUGUUUUGCAAUUCGAUCAACUGCCAUACAAUGAACUAGCUCAAAUGAUCAUCGUUAGUUGUAAAAUCGCCCCAUCAGCUGCACAAGCAAUGGUUUCGGUAUUUUGUGACUUACGUGCUCAGCGUAGUGCGAUUGGCGUUUUUUCAGCCAGUGAUGGGUUGAUGACACUUCGUGAUUUAUUCAGAUGGGGACAACGACUUGCAGGUUCUAAUGACAAUGAUUGGCGUCAGUGUUUGGUUGAACAUGGGUUUAUGUUGCUUGGUGCACGAUGUCGUAAUGCAGUCGAUGUCGAAUGCGUGAAAAAAAUAUUGGAAAAAAAUUUGAAGCGUAAAAUAGAUGUUGAGCGAUUAUUUGCCACUGACUCGCACUACUUACCGCCUGAAUUUCGUUCAUGCACAGCUGUGAAUAAUAUUGUUUUAACCAGUACCAUUCGAAGGAUGCUUGUUUUGGUUUCACAAAGUUGGCACUUUGCUGAGCCAGUUCUAAUGAUUGGUGAAACAGGAUGUGGUAAAACAACGGUUGCUCAGAUGCUUGCAAAGGAGAAUCUGUUGGCUUUGAAUUGUCAUGAAAGAACGGAAGCUGCUGAUUUUCUGGGUUCAUUACGUCCGGUUGGUAAUGGUGCAUUCAAAUGGAUAUAUGGAGUAGUCGUACAGGCAAUGAAAGAAGGUCGACCACUUCUUAUAGAUGAAAUCUCGCUUGCUUCUGAUUCGGUUUUGGAACGGCUGAAUCCCUUGCUGGAGCCAUCCCGUUCAUUGUUUUUGAAUGAUGGCAGUUUAUCAGGUGGGGAAGUACAAGCAAAAAGUGGUUUCAAUAUUAUAGCAACUAUGAAUCCCGGUGGAGAUUAUGGUAAAAAAGAGCUCUCAAAAGCACUGAGAAAUCGAUUCACAGAAAUUUGGUGUCCAUCAAAUGUAUUCGGUGAUGAUUUAACUGCUAUUGUGGAUCAACUGCUGAGUACAACUACACUGCUGGAUGAGAAUGAUUUGCGGUUAAAAGUUAGCAAAUGUAUUGUAAAAUUCGUGCAGUGGUUCGAUCAUAAAUAUUCUCAUAUGCUGAGGAAUACGAUAACAAUUCGUGAUAUAGUAGCAGUUACUCAGCUUGUUAUUGCUGCAUUGUCACGAUCUAAUUCACCAUCUUUUUCAAUUUACCAUGCUUUUUCGGCAACUCUUUUUGAUGCUUUUGGUACUUUAUCGACUCGUAUCAGUUUGGAUUGCAAUGUCUUGAAGAAAAAGGCCAUUGAUGGACUCUGUCAAAUUAUUCAACAAGAAUUGGAUAGCGUCUGUGAUGUAGCAUCGCUUUCCUUACCGGCUACACUGCAUUUCGAUGAAAAAGAUUCACAUAGUCUCAUUGUUGGAGAUUUUCGUAUUCCUUUUGGACCAGCCAAACGAUUUAUACCCAAAGAUUUUACAUUUGAUGCCCUGACAUGUAAGCAGAAUAUUUUCAGGCUUGUGCGUGGAUUAGCUGUUGAUAAACCAAUAUUGCUUGAAGGUCCUCCAGGUUGUGGUAAAUCAAGCACUGUUGUUGCUUUAGCUGCUGUUACUGGCCAUUCUUUGACUAGAUUGAAUUUGUCGGAACAAACGGACUUGGCAGAUCUCUUCGGUUGCGAUGUGCCCGUUAUUUUGUCUGAUGGUACACCAUCUUUCAUGUGGAGAGAUGGACCUAUUUUGCAUGCAAUCAAAACUGGACAAUGGGUUCUUCUAGAUGAGAUGAAUCUGGCAUCACAGAGUGUUUUGGAAGGUUUAAAUGCAUGUUUCGACCAUCGUCAUCAUCUUUUCAUACCAGAACUGAAUCGAACCUUCGAUAUUGGUGUUGGUGAUAGGAAAACGCGUUUUUUUGCAUGUCAAAAUCCAUGUUCUCAAGGAGGCAAUCGACGGAAGCUACCCAAAUCAUAUGUUAAUCGCUUCACAUCUAUUUAUGUAGCCGAAAUGGAUACAUCAGAUUUCUUUGAAGUUAUAAGAAGUUCAUUUGGAUCUGUAUUGAUUGAUGAUAUUAUCCAACGUAUGGUUAAUGUGAACAAAUCAAUAACAAAUCUUAUGGCAGAAGAUCCAGAGUUUCUAAGGAAGGGAUCACCAUUUGAAUUUAAUUUGCGUGAUUUGUUGAGAUGGGCACAACUAACGGUUGAAAACAAUGGUGAUGUUGCAUAUGGUUUUGAUUUAUUGUACGUAUGGAGAUUACGUAGUAAUGCUGAUCGACAAAAAAUGCGAAGCUUAUUUUAUGAAUGUUUCAAAUUUGAAUGUACUGAAGCUGUAGCAUCACUUUCUUUGAUUGGUUCAUAUAUUCGCAUUGGAAAAGUAGAAUUCGAACGAUCGGGAGCAAUAUGCGGGCGACAAAAUACAAAAUUGUUGUCAUCGCAAAUGAAAUUGCUGAAUAAACUUGCUAUUUGCGUGAAAAUGAAUUGGCUUGCAUUAAUUGUCGGAAAAGCUGGUUCUGGCAAAUCAACAGCUAUAAGCAUUUUGGCAUCGUUACUGGGAAAAAAGCUUCAUACGAUACAUCUAACUUCAGAAUCUGAUUCACUCGAACUUCUCGGGUCGUUUGAACAGAUUACCGAUCAGAUCAAUUUCACUUCCAUAAAACAACACUGUUUGAAUUUGCUUAAACGGUUUCCGGAUUUGCUGGAUGAUAUACAUAGUGCUAGUGAUAUACUUACUUUACGACUAGCUAUACAAACCGCUAUGCUUCUUGUCGAUGAUGAUAUUGCAAAUAAAUUGUUGGAUUACUACAAGGAAUUGGGUGAAAGUAAAAUGCGUUUUGAAUGGCUUAAUAGUCGUUUUGUUGAUGCAUUUAUCAAUGGUUACUGGAUUUUGAUUGAAAAUGUUAAUUGUUGCAGUGCCGCAGUAUUGGAUCGAUUAAAUGCCUGUUUGGAAAAUAAUGGAGAAUUGAAUUUACAAGAAUGUGGUGAUGGUACUUCUGUUGUAAAAGCACAUAAUGAUUUCCGAGUUUUCUUCACUAUGGAUGAUGAUUACGGCAGCGUUUCACGAGCUAUGCGUAAUCGUUCAGUAGAAUUAUAUUUACUUCCUGAUGAUGGUGUUUGGUUUAGAGUAGCACAAGAUCUAGUGAAUAUGGUGAUGAACACGGAAAAUCAAAAUAUUCUACGAAUUACACCAGCAAUAAUGCAAGCAUAUGAGCAGCUUUCAUGCUGGGAGUUGUUGAAGUUAAAGAUACUUUUGAAGGAGAAAGACGCGGAUUUUGUAAAUGUAAUAAAGCAUUUCAAAAUAAUCAUGAAUGAAGAAGUCAUGGACACUGAUGAGAACAACGAAGAAACCUUCAUAGUUUACCCUGCAAUAGAUUCUAAUUUUGCUACCAUAUACAGCAAAUGGAAAAUUUUGGUUUGGUCCUAUGUAAGUCAACAUGAUUGGAUGCUUGGUGUUCUCUGGGCUACAUUUUGCAUUCCGUUCAAACACCUGGAAAUUGAGGAAAUGGUCGAACUAUUUAAGUGCACAGAUACGAAAGCAAGAGAUAAGGUUAUUGAAGCCAUUCAAAACCUGAAACAAAAUAAGGCACUGGAUUAUGACGAACGUUUUGAUGGUUCUCCAACAUUGCGCAUUACAAAACCUCCAGACAAAUAUAUAGACAAUGAUAGAUUUAUCAUCGGGAUGUGCGCUUUGUGGACAAAGUUUAAUCUGGAUAAGAUUUUGACUGAGAAAGGAUCUGCCGUUGACCUAAGCAAUCUUUUUAUUAAAAGAAAAAUCCGGAGUGACCAACUUCCUUCACCUGCAAUUUCACAUGUGAAAGAAUUGCUUAAUGAAUUAAAUGUGUACAUUUCAAAGUUUCCUUCAACGGAUUAUGCGGUCUCGGAUUCUUGCUUAAUCUUGUGGAAUAUUACACUUUUCAUAAAAACAUGCCAUCAGCAAAUGGAUUUACGAAGUGGAUGUGCUCCACUUCAUCUUGCAUGGCAGCGUUUGAAUGAUCCUUCUUAUUCUAAUAUUUGGAAACAGUGGUCCACAGGUUUAUGUUCUGCUGCAACUACUAUCGAUAAAGUGUGGUUGACUGAUAAGAAAGCUUUGGAGCGUUACUCUAAUUUUCACAAACGAUGUAGCUUUUUUGAACCAUUUCGGAGUUAUGAGGAGUGGAGAAAGUAUGAAGACGAACUCAAAGAUUUGAAUACGUGCAGUAUUUCAAUGGAAAAUGAAAGCUGCUUGAUACAACAGAAUAUUGCUGAAAUGGAAAAGCAUGAUGAUAAUAAGAGUAGUGUUUUAAGCAUAGCACUGAAAUUAAUGAAGAAUAUUUGCUGUGGUUUUGCUAUUUUGAAUAAUCACAAUGAAAAACAGACAUUGCUUGAGUUGUUAUCAAUAUCAGUGCAUCAUCCUGUUGAGCUUUAUCGCUUGGCAUGGUUAAAUCUUAAAGAUGAAAAAUGGUCACAAGUUGCAUAUUUUAGCCAAUAUCUUAGCUCGGAUUUUGCUGUUCGAGAAAUUCCGAUUGCAUGUAAAAAUAGUGAUCUAGCUUGGGUCACUUUGGGUACUGAAUUGUUCUCGUCAAUAUGGCGUCCGAUGAGUUUUCAGUUAUCUUCACAGGAGAUUACGCUGGCACAGCUUGGUGAUUUUCCCACCCAGCGAAAGCAUUUAUGUACUUAUUUAUGGAAGAUCGGAGCUCACUUAAAAUCUUUUAAAAUGAAAUACAGGGAAAAGCUUCUAACUCUGAUAGAUCAUUUCGAAUCGUUGCUGGAUACGCCAUCUUUUAUUAAUUUAUCUUCCAACAUUACCUUGUCGAGUUUAAUGCAACGACUGGAAAUAGCUGCUUGUUCGUUGUUAUCACUAUCAGUCCCGGCAAAGAACUGCAUUGACCCAGUGAUAAAUGAUGAAAUGAGUUUCAAUUAUUUGAUGAAUAAGUUCCCAUUACUGGCAAUAACAAUGAAUACUUUCUUGGAAGGAAUUGUCGAACAGCAACGCACAUUUUCCCAUAUUGAUUUGGAUCAUUUAGACAGUUUAUCGGAUAAUGAUAUUCAAAUGACUGUAGCACAGAUUGAUACCUUUUUGACAUCUGUUCAAUCUUUCUAUAAUAAAAUAUUUGCUGAAUAUAGUGCUUUUGUGGAUAUUAUCUGCCCGUUUUUCAUGUUUUUGAAUGUUUUGGUGGCAGCGGUUUCGUACAAGCGUUUUCAUUUGAUUCAAACAAUCAAUUCACGCGAUUUGAUUGCUGCCUACAACUUUCCAACCAAAUUUUCGUUUAAAUGGAAUUGCUUGAAUAAUUUACCAGAAAGUGGUGUUUUUUAUAAAUGGUGUAUCUCGCAGAAGACAAUAAUGCCGAAGAGACUACAGAAAGAAUUAGUAGCUCUUUCUCUGCAGAAAUACAGGAAAAACAGGCAGUGCUUCACCGAACCCAAAGAGAUUAUGAUCAAAGCAGUUGUUGAAUGGAUUAGAAACGAGUGGUCGAAUUGGUUUAAAGCUAAUACAGAAAAGCAAGAAAAAGCGUAUGUUUAUCGAAAAAGCGCAAAGUAUGGAGAAGAAGAACUUGAUGAGGAUGACAUAAAGCUUCGAGAACUGCUGCCAGAUUUCUCAACUUCCGACGAUGAGCAGGAUUUACUUGAAGAACCUCAACUUUUCACUUCAGGAUCUGAGACCUGCAUCGAUAGCGAAGGUUUAACAGAAAUACUUCAUUUAUUGGCGGAUGAGAAAUCUAUGCAUAACUACGAUGGUCACAUGGCUUUAGCAUGGAUGAUGGAUACAGCAUUGUCCUGUGGUCUUGUGGACGAUUUUGUAGAUUCAAAAAUUUUUGUUUAUAAUUUGUACGCACUUAAUCAGUUGGAUCGUAAUCAAGAUAUGCGGGUUGUUGACGUUUACCGAAGGAAUAGCCGAUCAGAGUUGGAGAAAUGUAUUACAGCAAUGAAGCCGCUAAUUAAGCGUGUAUACUGGUUAAAAGAAAAAUGGCCUGAAAUGACAGUCUUGGAUGGUAUAUUGCAGCGAGCACAGAAGAUAUUGUCUACGUCGAUGGAAACUUCUCAAAUGCAAUUUUCGGCACUUCUGGAGCAUCUGCUGGCAGAAGCAGAUUUAUGGGAGAAAGUGGCUGAUCGAAAGCAUUCGCUAAUGAAUGAACUGGAAGAGUUGCGACAUUUGUUGGUGAAUUGGCGUAAGAUGGAAGUAUUGUGUUGGGAUAAUUUACUUGAACAAGUACAGACCGAUUGUCGUACACAGACACUGCUGUUGUCGUGGCCACUUUUCGAAGCACUUUAUAAAGUGGAUAAAGGUGACGAUGAAAUUUUAGCGAUGACAAUUGAAUGGAUACAAAAUUCGACAAUUAUUGACUUUAAAGCUCGGCUAUUGACUGCUGAUUUGCUUAUCAAGUUUAUCAUGCUGGCAAAAGAAAGUAUGAGGGGUAACUUAUGUCAGCGCCUGAGAUCAGUAGUUGCAUAUUUCCGGCUAUUUGACACUGUAGUUGAAAAUAAAUUAGCCACACAGAAGGAACCAACAGAAAAGCAGCUACAUGAUUUUGUAAAAAUCAUGAAAUACAAUGACUUAAAUUUAUGGAGCGUGAAGGCAUCAGCUCAAAAAGCUCACAAGCAAUUAUUUCGUCUCUUGAAACAGUUUAAAUUAUCCAGUAGUGAUUUAGUUGCUCCCCUUCUUGAUGAAAUUCCACAGAUGCUGUCAACAACAGAACAUCAGACUAAACCGACAUUUGCUACUGACCGAAUAAUAUCAUGUAACGAUUUUUAUGCGAAACGUGCGGUUGACUUAACGUCAAAAAUUGCGAAACAUUUAAUGGAUGGUAUCCAUUUGGAAAAUAUUGAGGAAUUAACAGAAUUUGUUAAAUGCUGCAACGAUCUUAUUCGUAAAGACAUUCAAUACGAGGGAAGCGACAGUGAAAAGGAAAAGCAGCAAGGUCGUGCACUGAGUGAACGACAAAAGGCAGUUGCACGUUUAUUGAAAGAUAGUAUUGCACUUGGUCUAAGUACUCGAAAAGGCUUGAUGGUUAAUGCUGAACAGUUAACUGCUAAUGUUGUCGCUGGAAUGCCUGAAGACAAUAAAAUGUUGACAAGGUUUAUAAGGUACGGAGGAGCAUCACGAAAUGUUGUUUUGAAGAACUUUCAUAAGCCAAAUGCCCAAAUCGGUACGAAGACGAUGAGCGAAUUAAAGGGACUCACGGAAUUUAUCCUGAAUGAACUGUACUUAUGUGAUCAGCUUAUAACAGUCAACAGAGAAAUGCUAAGGAGGAUGGAUAGUUCUAAAAAAAUGUUGUUGAAUUAUCUAAAAAAUGCUAAGGAUAUAAAACAACCUUGCUUACAUGGUCAGCAGUGGUUGCAUUGUCUACAACAGUCGAAAUAUUCAGCGCUUAAAUUUAAUUCGCUUUUGGAAUUUAUGGGAAAAAAACUUGAGAACGCUCCGGAAUGCAAUACUGAUUUCGAAGAAAACACUGUUCUGAAACUCAGUGGUAUUCAAGAUACUCGAUUAUCGCAGUUGCAUAAGCAACAUCAAGAAUAUAAUGCAACAUUUGACGUAAUUAGAAAAAUACGAGAUGCAGCAUCAAGAAUACUUGAUACUAUUGAAUUGUCGCUUCUUCAUUCAUUGGAUUGUAGCAAUAUUGCUAUUUGGAAAAGUUCCGAUAUAUCGCACACCAUUAAUACUGUGAAAUCGGAAAGCACUGAUAUAAAUUCUCAACUAUCUCUCAUCUCAUGUGUAAUGGUUGAAGAGGUCGAAGAGGCAAAGGGAAUCUUGCGUGAGGUUUUAGAAGCGUUGACGAAUCCGACAAAUGUUCAGGCAACGACUGGAGAUGUACAAUGGGAGGGAAUUCAGGCUUUGUUGAUCAUAGUGCAAAAUACUUACAAGCAAGCAAUGUCAAUUGAUUUUGACAAUGACCGUUUUAUGGAUAUUCUGAGGCAAUUGACAUAUUUACUACGAAAUUUGAAUUUUGAUAAGUCAACUGAAGAAAUAUGGAACUUGUGUGUACAAUUAUCUGAAGGUAAGCGAUCGAUGGAAUAUGAUCGUUUGGAGCAAGUAACUUCGUUAAGUAGUACGCUUUGUGAACUUUUGUCCUUCAUUUUGGAGGUAGUUGAGAAUUCUGCAAUUGAGUUGGCCAAAUAUUAUAUACACUUCGAAUCAAUGACUGCUGCACUACUUGAAAAAGGUUAUGUAAAUCCGAUACCGAAGCCUCAAAAGGAGGGCAGUGAAAAGGAUGGAGGUGAACCGCAGUCAUAUGAUGACGACAUUGCUGGUUUAGGAGAUGCUAAAGGUGAGAAGGAUGUUGGUGAUGAUAUCGAUGAAACAGGACAGGUUGAAGGCUUGAGAGGUGAGGAGGAAAAUGCGGUAGAACCAGUUGAAAAUAAAGACGAUGGUACGCCGCUUGACAUGGAUGACGAUUUUGGUGGAUGUUUAGAGGAUAUUGAUCGUGAACAGUGCGACGAUAAUGAAGGAAGUGAUAAAGAUGAAGACAAUGAACUUGAAGCGGAUAUGGAGGUGGGAGAUGUUAACGAAAGUGAGCAAGAUAAACUGGAUCCUGAUUUAUGGGAUCAAAAUGAUGAUAAUAAACAAGAACUUGCUGAUGGCAGCGAAGGCGCAAAUAAAAAAACAGACAAUAUGGAAGCGAAUAAUGAUGAACGGAAUUCUAAAAAUGACAAAAAAGAUAAAGAUAUAUUUGAUGGUGAUGAUAGUAAAGAUGACACUGCUGAUGACGAAUUGGAGAAUGUUGAUGAGCGUGACUUAUUGGAUAAUGGCGUGGAUAAUAAGGAUUACGAACAAACUAAUGAAGAUAAUGGAGAUCGUAAUGAUGAUAAUGAGAGUGAAAACAAGUCAGAGAACGAUAUGGAAGAUGUUAUGAAUGAUAAUUUAGAUGGAGAUGACGAUCAGUCAAAUAGUGAUGUUGAAGAGGAGAUGAUAACAGAAAUGACUGAAAAGGAUAAGGAGGAAAUUCUGAAUGGAACAAAUGAUGCUAACGUGGAAGAGUUAAACAAGAAUGAUGAUGAAGUCCUCAAAGGUGGUUCUGGAGGAAUGGAUAGAGGAGAAGUGGAAGAUACCACAGGCAGUGACAAUGUUUUAAAUCCAAAUGACAUAACUGAGGAUGAUGAGAAUAUGAGAGAGAAUGAUUUAAUGGCGGGGAUAGAAGGCAAGGGAAAAAGUGGUCGUGGAGAAACAGAAAACGACGACAUAAGAAAUGAAAAAUCAGAAGAUGUAAAGGAAGAUGACAAGGAAUCCAAAAAAGAGAAGAAAUUAGCUGAUGAUAUUACUGAUGUAGUCGUACAAAAAACUCUUCCAAACGGUCAGCAAAAAGAUGAAGAAGGACCCGAAUUUGGACAUCUUGAUGGAAAUAAUAGCAGUUUGCGCGAGCAGAUAGUCAUUGAUAAAAGUUCGGUAGAAGAAGCAAGAAAUUCAAAAGGAAAUAGAGACCAGUUAAGAGACUUGAAGAAUAUAAAUGUAGAACAGAAUGAUGAAGAAAUGACGAAAAAUAAUAGUGCCGGAGAUGAACAUGAAGUGGACGAGGACGAUUUGAUCGAUACUGAUAUCUGGGAUUCCGAUUUCCAAAGCUCUAUUAUUCACUCAACAGCAAAUUUUCAUCGUUCGAUGGGAUGUUCAAAUUCGACAAUUACUUUGCUGGAUACAGAGGAGGUAGGUUUGUCGAGUGCUGAUGCAGAAGAUCGAUGGAAUAGAAUUUCUGAUUCGGUUUCUGUUUUAGCAGCUGAGCUUUCGGAAAAUCUGCGAAUGAUUAUUGAACCAACGGUGGCUUCCAGAUUUGAAGGUGACUAUCGAACUGGUAAAAGACUCAAUAUGCGUCGUUUGAUUGCAUAUAUUGCUAGCGGCUAUAGAAAAGAUAAAAUUUGGUUACGUCGUACAAAAAAAGCUCAGCACAACUACCAAAUUUUAAUAGCUGUUGACGACUCAUCUUCUAUGCACGAUAACCAAAUUAAAUUGAAAGCUUGUCAAAGUGUUGCUAUGAUUGAAAGCGGACUGCGAAGACUUGAAAUAGGACAGUUGGCAAUCUGUAAAUUUGGUGGUUCGGUGAAAAUGAUUUCCGACUUUGGAGAUCGUGGUGGUAGUGGCUUGGGUGGAAAAUUAAUAAACGAGCUAAACUUUGGUCAAAACCGAACCGACUUAGUCAAUUUAUUGAACUGUAGUAAGAAGAUUUUUGAGCAAGCCAGAGGACGCGAAAGAAACAACCAGAUGUUGAUCAUUGUUUCGGAUGGCAGGGGAGUAUUGGCGGAUGGCGCUGAGGCAGUGAAAAAAGCUGUAGCAGAAGUGCACGCUGACCGAGUUACAGUACUUUUUGUGGCAAUCGACAAUGGUGAAAAGUCAAUCGUGGAUAUGAAAGUAGCUGAAUUUACAGCUGAUGGAAAUGUGAAUCUCAUUCCAUAUCUACAGAAAUUUCCGUUUCCGUUUUAUGUGGUUGUUGGACAUGUUGCUAUGUUACCAGCUACAAUUAGUGAUGCAGUCAGGCAGUGGUUUGAGCUUACUACGCGUGACUCGUGA